AAGGGUAGUUGCUGUCUAGGGGUUGAUUGUGGUGGCAGAGAUUAUUGUCUGUGGGGGCAGAGAUCGAGGAGUGAGGACGAUGAUGGUCCUCCUCUUGGGGGGCUGCUUGGAGAUGGGCGCCAUGGCUAGGGAGGAAGCACAAGCAAGGCCAGGUCCUCUACGAAGAGAGCAAAACAAAACAGGAAAAUGAAGUGGAAUGAAGGUGGAAGCGCACAGCAUGCCUAGUUAUAGGAACCCCUGGGACAAAGUGGAAUGGAGGAGGGCGCAAGCACUGGGAGUUCCAAUUGGAGUUGCAGUAGGAGUUCGAACUGGAGUUCCAGUAGGAGUUGCAGAAGCCGAGAGCAGCAGCAGUCCAGGGCAGCGGUUUGUGGAGCACGUGGAAAGGUUGUGGAGCAUACAAGUCAGCGUGGAGAGCAGGGAUGGGGAAUCCACGGGGGCUUCUUGGUCCUGCUGUGUGCCUUGUUCGUUGGCCCCCGUUCUCGGUGGGAGGCGCGGAAGCGGUGAUGAGAAUUGCUAGGGCUCGCGGCAUGUCUGAUUUGGGUGAGAGAGCGAAUGGAAGCGGGAAGAUGCGUCGUGGGGGAACGGCGUCUGAUAUGAGGGGUGUGAGCAAUUCCGGGUGUUGGGACGCUGUGCAUUUGGUUGGCGCUGCGUGGGUGAGUGGACGGAUUGGGAGCGUGCGAUGCGGGUGCGCAUGGCAUGGGCAAAACUUAUUUUGCAAAAGUACGAGAAGAACUUCAAGAAGGGCAUGUCGACAGAUUCAACUCUUCAUCUUUUAAAUGACAGUUCUUUAAGAGAUGUACAGAUUCCACCAGGACCCAGGCUUCUGAUUUUGGAUCACUUAAAAAGGUUCGGAGAUGUUGCAAGAAGAUCUAGCUAAUGGUUGCAUGUCAUUUCUUGCGAAGAGUCGAGACGAGAUUGUACCUUACCGUUUUCAAAAAUUAGACUUGACUUUGCAUCGAUUUUUCUCGCAUUAGUAUUGGACUGAGGAUGGGUGAACAUGGUCACUUCUCAAUCCGCAAAGCCCUUUCACAUCAUUAAUUGGAUAGUAAUCUGAAUAUAUUGUCAUUACUGACGCACUUUUGGUCAGAAGUUAAGGAAUGUCUUUGCCACUGUCUAAUCGAUUGGAAUGGAUGCCAUCUGAGCGUUGCUUACAGCGUUUUUUUCAGGGUUAGCAGUUUCUUGAACGUAAUUACACCUAAUUUUUCAUCCUCUUGCCAGGUUAUGCGAUGCCUUUUGUGGAUGUAGAUGCACUUGCUGCUAUUUGUGGAUGUAACUUGAGCAUGGCCCAGGAGUGGAGUGAAGGAACCUUAGGGAGUACAUCCACAAAUAGCAGCAAGUGCAUCUACAUCCACAAAUGCUGGAAGCCUGAGCAUGGCCCAGGAGUGUUUUAUUCAGUGGGGGAAUAAAAUACAAGAUUGGGGGAAUGGUGGUGCACUAUAGACUGAAACUGAGAUGGCGCACCAAAAGUGUGCCAUAUCAUCUGUCGAGUCUAAAUGCCAAGCCCUGCAUAUGAACCCUAGCCCUGCAUAUGAACCCUAGGGAGGCGUGCAUUUGGAAAGCGGUGCAGGGUUCACAUCGGGUAGAAGGUGACCCCUGGGGCCAGGGUGACCUUCUUGCAGGCGAUGGGGAAGAUGAGGUUGAGGGGAAGUCGAGGAGGGAUCCAGACUUUCAUGAGGAUCCUCCGGCCCAGCCUUCUCGACAACAACGGGGACACGGUUGGCGUGAUCUUAGGCACCAGCACUGGUGCAAUGUUGCAGCGUGGCUCGGGCCUAACGCGUGGCCUUAUGUGUGGCCUGAGCAGCUGAGCAGGGUUUGGCUGUGGCUGGACAAGAGGAUGCGCGGGUGUGUGCAAGGCAGAGUCGGAAGCAUGGGGUGGCUUCGAGUGCGCAUUGAAUUUGGGCUUGGGGUUUUUGGAGGUGUGCCUUGGAAGCUGUCUUGGCUUGGCAGGAAGGGUAGUUGCUUUCUUGGGGUUGAUUGUGAGGGCAGAGAUUAUUGUCUGUGGGGGCAGAGAUCGAGGAGUGAGGACGAUGAUGGUCCUCCUCUUGGGGGGCUGCUUGGAGAUGGACGCCAUGGCUAGGGAGGAAGCACAAGCAAGGCCAGGUCCUCUACGAAGAGAGCAAAACAAAACAGGAAAAUGAAGUGGAAUGAAGGUGGCAGCGCUCAGCAUGCCAAGUCAUUAGAACUCUUGGGGUUUCGUUGUUCUGCUGUUUAGAUCACUAUAUAUUUAAGUAGUUCAUCGUUUACAUUUAAUUUUAGAUCGUAUUUGCGGAAUAUGACUUCUUUUUAGUUAUCAAUUAUGUUUUUUCAUCUUAUUUUUUCUGUGUGGGUCUAGCAUUACUUGUACCUAAUUGAAAUACUGUAUAACACUUUUUGUUUUUGUUUUGGUCUU